GGCGGCUGGGUAACAUUGGCGCUUGCGUAGAGGCCCCGGAGUCCUGUGCGGCUCAGCUGUGGCGGUGGCGCUGGCUUGUGCGCUCCGGGGUGGGGUUCGCUUCUGUGUGGUCCCGCUCCCAGCUCGGCCAUGAACCGGUGCACGGAGGCCGCGGCGGUGGCGGCCUCUGUGCCGGGCGCGGGCGUCUGGAACGCGGGGCUGCGGCCGCCCAUGGUGCCCCGCCAGGCGUCCUUCUUCCCGCCGCCAGUGCGCAACCCUUUCGUGCAGCAGACGCGGCUGGGCGCGGCGAGGCGCAUCCAGAUUUUCUUCCUUGGAAUUAUCCUGCUUCCAAUUCGUGUCCUAUUGAUUGCAUUCACUUUGUUACUGGCAUGGCCCUUUGCGGCCAUUUCAACAGCAUGCUGUCCUGAAAAGCUGACCCACCCAAUAGCUGGUUGGAGGAGGAAAAUUACUCAGCCAGCUUUGACGUUUCUAGGUCGUGCCCUGUUCUUUUCAAUGGGAUUUAGAGUUACCGUGAAAGGCAAGAUCGCAAGUCCUGAGGAAGCACCGGUUUUUGUCGUCGCCCCGCAUUCAACUUUCUUCGAUGGAAUUGCCUGUGUCGUCGCUGGGUUACCUUCCAUGGUAUCGCGACAAGAGAACAUGGAGGUGCCGCUGAUUGGCCGUCUGUUGCGGGCUUUGCAACCAGUUUUGGUGUCCCGUGUAGAUCCAGAUUCUCGAAAAAACACAAUAAAUGAAAUAAUAAGGAGGGCCACAUCAGGAGGAGAAUGGCCCCAGAUGCUAAUUUUCCCAGAAGGUACUUGUACUAAUCGGUCCUGUUUGAUUACUUUUAAACCAGGAGCCUUCAUUCCAGGAGUUCCAGUGCAGCCAAUUCUGCUCAGAUACCCAAACAAGCUGGAUACUGUGACUUGGACUUGGCAAGGAUAUACAUUCAUUCAGCUUUGUGUACUCACUUUCUGCCAGCCCUUCACAAAGGUGGAAGUUGAGUUUAUGCCCGUUCAAGUACCCAGUGAUGAAGAAAAGAACGAUCCUGUCCUUUUUGCUAGUAGAAUCCGGAAUUUAAUGGCAGAAGCAUUGGAAAUCCCAGUGACAGAUCACACCUAUGAAGACUGCAGGUUGAUGAUUUCAGCAGGACAGCUAACAUUGCCUAUGGAAGCUGGCUUGGUGGAAUUUACCAAAAUCAGCCGGAAAUUGAGACUGGAUUGGGACGGCAUUCGUAAGCAUUUGGAUGAAUAUGCCACUAUUGCAAGUUCCUCAAAAGGAGGAAGAAUCGGGAUUGAAGAAUUUGCGGAGUAUUUAAAGUUGCCUGUUUCAGAUGUCUUGAGACAACUUUUUGCACUCUUUGACAGGAACCAUGAUGGCAGUAUUGACUUCCGAGAGUAUGUAAUUGGCCUGGCUGUCCUGUGCAACCCUGCCAACACAGAGGAAAUCAUCCAGGUGGCAUUUAAGCUCUUUGACGUUGAUGAGGAUGGCUUCAUAACGGAGGAAGAGUUCUCCACCAUUCUGCAGGCUUCCCUUGGGGUGCCUGACCUCGAUGUUUCUGGUCUCUUCAAGGAAAUAGCCCAUGGGGAUUCUGUCUCCUAUGAGGAAUUUAAAAGUUUUGCCCUAAAGCAUCCAGAAUAUGCUAAGAUAUUUACAACCUACUUAGACCUCCAGACGAGCCAUGUGUUUUCACCAAAAGACAUCCAAGCAUCUCCCUCGGUUGCAAGUAAUAAAGUCAGUCCUGAAAGUCACGAAGAGAGUACCUCAGACAAAAAAGACGACUGAAAGCAAAUGUUCCUAACAAGCAAAAUGCAGUGGUUUUUACCUGAAAUUGUAAAGGCACUUAUUGAUGGUAUUUUAUUUGUGAUUGUUGCGUAAUGGUGUUUAAAAUGGAAAGCUGUUUUAUUAAAAAUGAUAGGUUUUUCUUACUGAAAUGCUUUUAUUCACAUGUAUAGAUCAAGUAAUAUUCCUUCUCUUUUGCAUUCUAUUUUGCUUUACUGGUGAUAAAUACGUUUUUAUGGAUUUUCUAGUUAAAUUUGCAUAUCCAAAUGAAUGAAAUGGUCUCCUUUACUUACUGAUGGGCAUUAAUCAGCACUGUAAAAAAUUUUUAAAGUUUAAACCCUUUUUAAUCUACCUUCCUCUAAAGAAAAUUAUAUUCUGUUAUCACUAAUCCCUUCCCGUUCUGGAAAUAAGAAUGAAGAGUCUGAGGAACAUUGCAGAAUUUUAUACCUUGAACUUCACAGAUUCAUUUUAUUUUUCAUUUGCAUUUCAGUUUCUUGGAUCACUGACUCUGGGGGGGAUUGGAAGGGUGAUAAGACUUCUUAAAAACUCAUAUUCUCUCGAGCAUGCAUCCCUAUUGUACAUUUCUUUAACCACCUGCUAAGGAAAUCAUACCAUUUGCAUGGUCUGCAGAUUUAGAAUUUUGUUUUAAAGACGACACUAUGGCCAAAGGCUAUGCGGGAAUUGCCUUAUUGAAGGUAACAUUAAUUGCCUAAUGAGAAAAUGAAUUGUUUGCCACAGAGUUUAGUUGAAUUUGAGUUGGGUGGUUUAGAAUGUAGCGCUUACCCAGUCAAUGAACCAGAUUUACUUUAUUUAUAUAAUAUUAUAAUUAAUAUAUUUUACGAUCUCAGUGGGAGUUUUAAUUUUAUUAAGUGUUCUCUCAAAUUUUAGAGCUUGCCUGAAAGACCUAGAGGGAAAAUAUAAAAGGGUCCAAAUUAUCAACAAAAGCUAAGGAAUCCAAAAAGCUACAUUAUUAACGCAGGACCACAAUUUAACCCCCAGGCAGGAAUUUAAUGCUGAUAUUUUUGCCUUUAGGUUAAGCAAGAAUUGCCCUCAAGUGCCAUUUUAUUGAUGCCAUGGAUGCUUGCUUAAAAAGUUUCAUCCUUAAGUGCAGGCGUAUAAUUGUUUGCUUUUUACAUGUCUUAAAGCUGUUUAGACAAAGCAUGGAAUGAGCUGAGAACAACUGCUUAAGUAAUUACGAAAGUACAUCUUUAUACUACUGUCUGUCACAUGCAACUGAAUGUAUGCAAUACUCAGGUACCAUGAUUUUUUAAUCAUAGAAAAGCCACAUAUUAACUCCAUGAAUCAUGAAAAAGUAGCAUUUUAAAUGAAAAGCUUUCUAUGAGGCUCUGGAAAGUGAUCCUGUUGUUUUCCUGUUUUAAAAUAGUAUUUUAUGCUCUUUAAUUUCACCUCUGCCAAUGUAAUAUUCCUAUUUUAUCAUGUAACUGAAUAAACAAACUUGCUACAUAAAAUUCUUGGCAAUUAAAAAUUCUGGUUUUGCCAUCGUGUCUCAAAUGUAAUAUACCUUUUUAAUAUUGUGGUUUGGAUAUAAGUUUGCAUAUUUAUGAAUGUGAUUAAUCAUUUUUGUUUACAUUUAAGACUUAUGAAAUGUCAGACAUAAUUUUACUCUAAUGAAAGACCCAAUUUUAGCCAAAGCAGCAAUAGUUAGUAUUCCUAAAGAAGUUGACUUUUGGCUAGUGGGGUGUAUGUAGUAAGUCAUGACCAUCACUAUUACUACCAGUUAGGCCUCUACCUUUAUGCCAUCUAAACAGGGAUUUCCUUCAAAGGGGCUUUUCUCCUCUUAGAAUUUAAAGUAAGGAAUUAAAUUUCAUUAAGUCAGUUAAAUGCAUUGUAGUUUUACAUAACAGUUUGAAAAAAAUGAGGUUCCUCUUUAAAAUGAGAAAUAUUAGAUCCUAAGACUGGUAAACCAUAAAAAUCUUCAAUCAGAACAGUUCUGUUGAAGGAUAAUGAUGGACUGAGUACUUACAGAACAAAGUGCUUGUAUUAUGCAUAUUUAAUUCUCCUCUGCUGCUGCUUUUAGAGUUUUGGAAGGCUGAGUGUGACCGCUGGUAGUGCUACCUCUAAUGCAUAUUUAAAAGAGCCCCUUUUAGAAGAUGCGGGGUCUGCUGUCUGCAUGAGGCACAGCAGUGCAGAUAUCCAGUUCCCAGAUUCAGGAACUCUCCUCUCCGGGCUGUUACAAAUGCACGGUGGCGAAUUGAUGGUAGUUAAUUUAUACUCUUGAGAGGGCCACUGACUAUAAAGGAGUCACUCAAGAGAAUAAAAAGAUACUAGGAAGAAGCCAUUCUCUAGAAAAGCAGACAUAUUUAUAAUUCUUUUCUUUUCUUUUCUGUGCAUUUGGAUGAACUUUUCCGUUUUUUGGUUAAAUUAUUAUGCCAGAUUAUUCUGUCAAUGCUAUGAGUUGAUGGAGAGGAAGUUCCUCACAAAGUUCUUGACAAACAUCCUAUAUACGUAUCACAAACUGGUUUCUACUUAGAACAAUAACCUGAAGAGCUUUUGCCCUUUUAUUAAUGCCGUUUAAUGUAACUCUUGUUUCUAGGUAAUCAUUCUCUUGCAACAAAUUUCUCAAGUGUCUUUGUAAGGCCCAGCAUGUUCUACCAAAUUGUCUCCAUUAUGUGUUGACCCAGCGUGCUGUUUUCUCUAACAUGUCAACUGUAUCCUUUCCUUAUCAUUCUUAUAAAAGAAUCUAUGCACAUUGGAAAAGAAUAAACAAAAAAAAAUCAUGUUUACUUUCACCACCCAA